AUGGUCCAAUACAACGUUUUGGACGUUUUUUCAGAAGUUUGCCCAAAGAAUGAGAUGAAAUGGACGAUAUGCGCUUGCGAAGCCACCUGCGAUAAUCCAGCGCCGAAGUGCGCCGAAUGCGUAAACAAAUGUGCGUGUCCUAAUGGAUUCCUGAGAAACAACGAAAAUUGUAUUCUACCAGAAGAUUGCGACUUUAAGUCAAUUUCGCUCCGUUUUCCUGUUAAACCGUUGAAUGAAGCUAUUCCGGUCACCACCACAACUGCUUCUGAAACAGUGUCGACAGUCGAUGAACCUAUGCCAGAACUAGUCCUCUUACGAGUUGGACCAACUCCGCCGUCAGCACCUCCAACUCUUACAGUUAUGGAUUCCGACAUGAUCGGAGCACCAUCCGCGACUCCUCCACCCGACUUCAGUUAUGGACCACCCGGAAUGAACGCGGCCCGUUAUAAAAUGUAUCAAGACUAUCUAAAACAAAAAAGAAUUUCUCGAGCUCUGAGGAAGCGGCUCAGAAAAUUAUAA